AUGGCCAGGGGCCAGCCUUGGAAGGACAGCCUGCUCACCCUGGUGCAGCCUGGGCGCGCCGCGCUGGAGGCAGCCGCCGGUGUUGUCCUGGUGAUGAGAGGGAUCCUGGGGGAGACGCCGCAUCCCGCUGAUGUGGCAGCCACCGUCAGCGCUCGCCGCGCGGUGGCGGCACAGGCUGUGGCCGCCGAGACCGCCCCGCCCCCAGCCGUUGGCCCCCAGGACAGCCCCAAUGACGUGGUGGUGGUGGGGGCCUGCCGCACCGCCUCCACCCGCGCCCGCAAGGGCGGCUUCAAGGACGCCACCGCUGACAGCUUGGUGAUGGCGGAGGUGAAUGACGUCUGCCUGGGAAGCGUCUUCCCAGCCUCCUCAAAGCGCGCCAACGAGGUGCGCACCGCGCUGCUGCUGGCCGGCUUUCCGCCCUCUGUCCCCGCCUACACCGUCAACAGGCAGUGCGCUGCAGGGCUGCAGGCCAUUGCCAAUGUGGCGGCAGACAUUCGGGCGGGCUUCUACAGUAUCGGCAUCGCGGGCGGGGUGGAGACCCUGACGCGGGACCCUCUGGACUGGCAGGGCAGCGACAACCCUCGCGUGCAGGAGAGCCAGGAUGCGCAGGACGUGAAGCUGCCGCUGGGCCUGACAGCCGAGAACGUGGCGGAGCGGUUCAGCGUGCCUCGGGACCUGCAGGACCGCCUGGCCGCCUCCUCGCACGCCAAGGCCGCCGCCGCGCAGGCUGCCGGCAGAUUCAAGGAUGAGAUUGUGCCGGUGGAGACGACGGUGCAGGACGCCUCGGGCGAGGCCCGCCGCGUAUCUGUGGACUCAGACGAUGGCAUCCGUCCCGACAGUACCGCAGACAAGCUGGCGCAGCUGAAGCCGUACUUCAAGAAGGGCGGCACCGUCACCGUGGGCAACGCGUGCCAGAACACCGACUGCGCGGCGGCGGUAAUGCUGAUGACGCGGCGCGAGGCGCAGCGCCGCGGCCUGCCCGUCAUGGCCACCCUCCGCUCCUUUGCCACGGUGGGAGUGCCACCCGGCAUCAUGGGCACCGCGCCCACCAAGGCCAUCCCCGCUGCCCUGCACAAGGCGGGCCUGUCCAAGGAUGACAUCGACAUGUUUGAGCUCAACGAGGCCUUCGCAUCGCAGUUUGCCUACUGCCUCAAGGAGCUGGGCCUGGAUGAGGAGAAGGUGAACCCCAACGGUGGAGCCAUCGCUCUGGGGCACCCCGCCGGCGCCACCGGCGCCCGCCAGACCGUCACCCUGCUCCACGAGAUGGCUAGGCGCAACAGCAACGGCGCCGGCGGCAAUGGCAAGGGCGCCAGGUACGGCAUGGUGUCCAUGUGCACCGGCUCGGGCAUGGGCGCCGCCGCCGUGUUUGAGAGUGGCGACUCCUCCGGCUCCUUCUCCUCAGGCUCCACCUCCAGCGCCAGCCUCGGCUCCGUGGCCAGCGCUGAUGCCUCCUAA